AUCUUUUUGCUUCCUGGACGCGGAGUCCACGCGGGCCUAGACGUGGAAGUUCCACGCCCGCUGAUCUGCCGAGGGUUCAGCCAAAGGGCGGUUGUAGCCAGGAGUCAUACCACCCGGAGUGGAAGGGAGGAAACAAACAAUAGGGCCUGCUAAUGUUUGUGCUGGAGGAGCCAGGGAGGGAAGCUCUGGGGACUAGGGAGUUUUGACUCUGGCUGGGUGGCGGGAAGGAUACAGCUCUGGACUCUAUGGGAUCCAACUCCAUGAAGCUGGAACAAGGCUUAACAUUUGAAAGAGAUGAGGCCUAGCAAAACAAAGGCAAUAUACAUUCCAUUGUGGACCAAAAAAAUGCACACUUACCCACUCGUCCUCAUCCCUUUACACCAUGCAAGGGGAGCCAAGCCCUAGUGCUUCCCUUAUUGACAGAACCAUCAAGAUGAGAAAGGAAACAGAAGCUAGGAAAGUGGUUUUAGCCUGGGGACUCCUAAAUGUAUCCAUAGCUGGAAUGAUAUAUACUGAAAUGACUGGAAAAUUGAUUAGUUCAUAUUAUAAUGUGACAUACUGGCCCCUCUGGUAUAUAGAGCUUGCCCUUGCAUCUCUCUUCAGCCUAAAUGCCUUAUUUGAUUUUUGGAGAUAUUUCAAAUAUACUGUGGCACCAACAAGUCUAGUUGUUAGCCCUGGACAGCAAACACUUUUAGGGUUGAAAACAGCUGUUGUACAGACUCCUGCACACGAUCUGGCAGCAACCCAAAUCCCUCCUUCUCCACCUUCUCCUUCAAUUCAGGGUCAGAGUGUAUUGAGUUACAGCCCAUCUCGUUCACCCAGUACCAGCCCCAAGUUCACUGCCAGCUGUAUAACGGGAUACAGCCCUCAGCUGCAAGGUCUGUCGUCAGGUGGCAGUGGUUCAUAUAGCCCUGGAGUGACCUACUCACCCGUCAGUGGUUAUAAUAAGUUGGCAAGCUAUAGUCCCUCUCCUUCUCCUCCAUACCCUACCACUGUUGGACCAGUGGAGGGCAGUGGAUUGAGAUCUCGCUACCGUUCUUCACCCACCGUCUACAACUCCCCUACUGACAAAGAAGACUACAUGACAGACCUACGAACUCUGGAUACUUUUCUUAGAAGUGAAGAAGAGAAACAGCAUAGAGUUAAGCUGGGGAGCCCAGAUUUGACCUCGCCUUCCACCAGUCCUACUUUCUGGAACUACAAUCGUUCUGUGGGGGAUUAUGCACAGACUUUAAAGAAGUUUCAGUAUCAGCUUGCCUGUAGGUCUCAAGCCCCAUGUGCUAACAAAGAUGAAGCCGAUCUCAGUUCUAAACAAGCUGCAGAGGAGGUUUGGGCAAGAGUGACUAUGAAUAGACAACUUCUUGAUCAUAUGGAUUCAUGGACAGCUAAGUUCAGAAAUUGGAUCAAUGAGACAGUAUUAGUGCCACUUGUGCAAGAGAUUGAGUCUGUCAGCACACAGAUGAGAAGAAUGGGCUGUCCAGAGCUACAAAUAGGAGAGGCUAGCAUUACUAGCUUGAAACAAGCUGCUCUGGUCAAAGCUCCUCUCAUUCCAACUCUGAAUACAAUCGUGCAGUAUCUAGACCUUACCCCAAAUCAGGAAUACUUGUUUGAAAGGAUCAAAGAACUUUCUCAAGGAGGCUGUAUGAGCUCGUUUCGAUGGAAUAGAGGUGGAGACUUCAAAGGACGCAAGUGGGAUACAGACCUGCCCACAGAUUCUGCUAUCAUCAUGCAUGUAUUUUGCACCUACCUGGAUUCCAGAUUACCUCCACAUCCUAAAUACCCUGACGGAAAGACAUUCACUUCUCAGCACUUUGUUCAGACUCCAAAUAAGCCAGAUGUGACAAAUGAGAAUGUGUUUUGCAUUUAUCAGAGUGCUGUUAACCCUCCACAUUAUGAGCUAAUCUACCAGCGUCAUGUCUACAGUCUUCCAAAGGGCCGAAAUAAUAUGUUUCAUACAUUGUUAAUGUUCCUCUACAUAAUAAAGACCAAAGAGUCAGGAAUGCUUGGGAGAGUUAAUUUUGGUCUAUCCGGUGUGAAUAUUCUGUGGAUUUUUGGCGAGUAGUGGGUCAUUUAAUUCCAAACAUUCAGACUUUCAUUUGACUGAACCAGAAGUUGAAUCUAAGCAUCUCUGAGUCAUUGUCUUUUUUUGAAGUAAGAUAAAUACAUAUAUGUUACAGAUUCUUCAACUUUAACUGAAAAAAUUGCUGUUAUGAAACUUAUGAGUGUCCUGUAUGUUCUACACCAAGACACUUACCUUUAAUUUUUUCAUUGAUUUCAGAUUUUCAGUUGCCUGCAAAACUGCAGCCCUUCAGAGUCUUGUUGACCCAGAACAGUGCAAUUCCCCCUUAGCUAAAUAAAUUUAAGAGUAACCCACAAAUGAGAAUCACCCACCUGAUUUUUCCACACAAGGAUUGUUUUCAGUCACAUUAUUUAGCAUAAAUACUUAAAAAGAAACAAGCAAAUUUAGUUUUUUUAUCAGGAUAUUUCCCCCAAUGUUCUGCAGAUUAGCCUAAGGCACAUAUUUAAAGAAAUGAGAUAAACAUCUAAGUAAUAAAUAAUUAGUCCAUGUGUAUAUUUAAAUAUUAUUGAAAGAGGUUUGACAGUACUGGCAUUUAAAAAUAAUCAACUGUUGGAUUAAGUUUAGCUGAUAGAAUCAAAUUAUUUGGGUCUUAGUUAAAAGGUUGAGGAGCUCAAGAGAACUACUUUGGUUUCAGUAACUUGAUUUCACUAUUCCCAAAAUGUUGUAUUAUUUUAAGAGUUCCCUUUAAGGUCAUAUGAUCUUAUGUGUUUAAAUUUUUUAGAUGUGGUUAAAAUAUCUGGAGAGUAAGAAGUUACUAAAUUUCUAAGUUUUGCUUGACUGUCCAUCUUUAUUUUCUUAAAUGUAUAUGUAGUAUCUCUAAAGCUAGCUAGUAAUUGGAUAUAUUUUCUGGAGUGACAUGGUAGAGACUGCUUCCGUCAUCUUAUGUAAACCUUGAAACAGCUGAAACCAGUGUCUUCUGAAUCACUGCAUGUCAGUAUUCUGUAUAUACAGCUGAUUUUAUAUUUGUAAAUUUUGUUUUUCAAAAAGUUGUCUCUGUUUUUUUAUAAGGCAGAUAUCCAAAGGAAAGGAAGUUUCUUUUAACUGCUUUUGAUGUAUAUUAAACAUGUUUGCUAUGAUAUUUUAGAAGAAAAUAUCAAUUAAACAUGUUAAAUAUAAGAACGUGGUGAAAUCUAAGUCCAUUUCAAAAGUUUUUGAAGGUGUUGUGAAACAAUUGCUAUGCUGUUAAGGUAUUCAGUUGAAUAUUUCUUAAAAGCAAUAAGAAACUUUUGCAACCACAUAGUUGGAGCUAGAGGGUAUUAUGCUCAGUGAAAUAAGUCAGGCAGAGAAAGACAAGUAUCAAAUGAUUUCACUCAUCUGUGGAGCAUAAGAACAAAGCAAAAAUUGAAGGAAUAAAACAGCAGCAGACUCAUAGAAC